AUCAUCAUCAUCAUCUCUGUUUCAAUGGCGAAUUCAUCGUCGUCCAUCCGCCAAGAAGAAUCAGAGGCUGAAUCGCAAUGUGCAGGUUUUUUAAUUCCUGCCUACACAUUGACUUCUUCAUUUCACCCUCCAGGCAUGGAUUUUGUUGAUGGAAGAAGAAAGAAUAUCUCGAGAAAAGUUAUAUUGGGUUUUGUCCUAAUUACUCUCUGUAUUAUUAUACUUAAGCAUGAUUCCAGUUUCAACAACAGUUCCACUAGCAAGUUCUCCAACCGCGAAGAUGGAGUGACACAUGUUUUGGUAACUGGGGGAGCUGGUUAUAUUGGUUCUCAUGCUGUACUUCGGCUCUUAAAGGAUUCAUAUCGUGUGACAAUAGUGGAUAAUCUGUCUAGAGGUAACAUUGGUGCUGUAAAGGUUCUGCAAGAGCUAUUUCCAGAGCCAGGGAGGCUUCAGUUUAUUUUUGCUGAUCUAGGAGAUGCAAGAGCUGUUAAUAAAAUAUUUGCAGAAAAUGCCUUUGAUGCUGUGAUGCACUUUGCUGCCAUUGCAUAUGUUGGUGAAAGCACACUUCAGCCUCUUAGGUAUUAUCAUAAUAUAACAUCAAAUAGCUUGGUUGUUCUAGAGGCAAUGGCAGCAUAUGGAGUGAAGACAUUGAUUUAUUCAAGUACUUGUGCCACAUAUGGAGAACCUGACAAAAUGCCCAUCACAGAAGAGACUCCACAAGUUCCAAUUAACCCAUAUGGAAAAGCUAAGAAGAUGGCAGAAGAUGUUAUACUUGACUUUUCAAAAACAUCAGAUAUGGCUGUAAUGAUCUUAAGGUAUUUCAAUGUGAUUGGGUCAGAUCCUGAAGGAAGAUUAGGAGAAGCUCCCAGACCAGAAUUACGCGAGCACGGUCGUAUAUCAGGUGCUUGUUUCGAUGCAGCCAGAGGGACUAUUCCCGGUUUAAAGGUUAGAGGAACCGACUAUAAGACACCGGAUGGUACUUGUGUGAGAGAUUAUAUCGACGUAACAGAUCUAGUAGAUGCUCACGUGAAAGCCCUCGCCCAUGCAAAACCCAAGAAAGUCGGAAUCUAUAAUGUUGGAACAGGAAAAGGUAGCUCGGUGAGGGAAUUUGUACAAGCUUGUAAGAAGGCAACUGGGGUUGAGAUAAAAGUGGAGUACCUUAGCCGUAGGCCAGGGGAUUAUGCGGAAGUUUAUAGCGAUCCUUCGAAGAUUUGGGAUGAACUUCAGUGGAAAGCAAAGUAUACUAAUCUCCAAGAAAGUUUGCAAACAGCUUGGAGAUGGCAGAAGUCUCAUAGGAAUGGUUACAAUUCUUAAUUAUACAUGUUUUAUUUAUUGGGUAAAGAUGUUGGUUAUUGAAAAAGGGGAUUAAAUGAGUUUGUUAUAGAAUAUAUUGCACAUUCUUAAUUCCAUGGCCUGUGAAAUAAUUUAUGCUAAUUUUUGUUC